GAAGCAACCAGCCCGACAGGCACCGCUCAACCGCCAAGACUUGGCGAGAUUGUAAGAGUCAGGAUAUCGCCACAUCACAUCAAUGCGUCAUAGGAGAGAGUAAGCGACAGCAACAACAUUGUGUUCGUCUAACCGAAAAGUGAAAUGUUAAGUUGAAAUACAUCUCAUUGGGAUUUCAGUCAUCAAGUUACUGGGAAGCUGAUUUUGUACCAGAGACAAAAACAUUGCCUCAUUAUUUGGAUCUCCCCCCCAGGAAAGUGACAUUUUUAAGAUUAGCUUUAGAAUUUCUCAAGGGGCAACGGGUUUGAAAGAAAAUCUUUGAACGAAAAUCUUUGCCCUUUUUGGACUUAGAUCACGUUUGCAUUGGAAAGUUCAUGUAUUUCAGGGGCGUAGCGUUUAAGUCUUCAAGUGUUAAAGUUUAAGUUGUUUCUACUUGUGUUGUGGUUCCCCCUAUUCUCGGUUUUAGACACGUGGCUAUAUUACAAUAAACCGUUGCAACAUUUCUUGUUUGUUUUUUCUGGAGAGUUGGAUGUACACCAUCAGCCUGACUGAGAGUAUUCCGUAGUUGGAUUAUUGAAGUGCUGAUUGCUUGGAUUAAUGGCAAGAAAAUACUCUAUAAACAGUAGGUCUGCCGCGACAUGAACUUGUCUGUCCCAAGACCAAAAUGUCUGCCACCAAGCUGAGCAGAGUGGAAAUCUCGGGUCCUGUUCUCCAGAGCGCCACAAGCGUCAGAGUCAGUCCUGCUUUCAAAGACGGGAUCGUGUACUCCUCGACCGGGAACCUCCUCGGCCAGCAAGAUCAAAACAAACAGCACCCGUCGUUAACACCUGAGGAAGAAGCUUUACUGAGACUUCAGAACAAAUACGCCUCCCCCGAUAACCUGUCCCCGCCCAUCAUGAACGCGCAGCUGAGCAUAGCCAACAUAGAGGCGGACGCCGUCAGAUCCAAUGGCGGAAGCUCGACUUUUUCCGACACGUCCUCGGAUCUUUCCGACAUAACGACGUCAGUGCCGAGCGCUGGUUCGGCGUUCGUUCUGCCUCUGGUCGUCGGAAUCUCGGAAGAGGACAUCAACCAGGUAGAGAUGUUCUACCGCAGUCAUAAAACUGAAGUUAGGGUGUGCAAGUCCUUGGCCAAUCUGUAUGUCUCGGCCCCCAAAAUACCGGAGCGACCAACGAUACCUCAGAGCACUUUGUCCAACAAAGACAGGAAAUCCAAAACAAUUUCUGACAGUUCCGCCCCAAAGUCUCCGGAUCCCGCGGACAUCAACAAGGACGAGUGGGAGUUCUCUAAAACGGGUGUCCCGGUGCUCGUCUUAGAUUCCGGUGAGCAUUUACGCGAGAGACGUUUGAACAUCAUCCUCGCGGAGAAGGGCACCGGGUUCACACUGUGGCAGGACCAGAUCAAUCACAUGACCCGCUACAGCACGCCUCACACGAAUUUCCACACGAUUACACUCUCCACCGACUCAACGCGAUUGGUCGGGCUGAGUUUUGACGAAGGCAACGCGGCGACGGAGUUCGCGGAUGCUUUCCGCUCGCUGACGUCAAAUCCGGACGACGAUUUGUUGAAACUCAGCAAGAAGAAGAAGAAGGAAAAGAAGCCCAAGCAGAAGUACAAACCCCCGAAGAAAGUGGACAUCUCGCAGCCAUGUUGUUUUGUACACGUAACUAAACUAGAACGGCCAGACCUUAUGAGUGGUUUGUUUCCACCGCCCCCUAGCGGAGCAGACCUGGACAAGCUAGGGAUGACACGGGCCAUGAGUGAAAGCUCUGGUAUCUCAGAAUGCUCUACAAAUCCAUCGGACACCUAAUUUUUUUUUUUUUAAACAUCAAGUGCACCAAGAAAACACCCAACAAUUUUUGCGAUAAAGGAGUCUUCCGAAAGAAAAAAUUCAGGUUUUAAAAUCAGAACAAAAUCUUUGCGUACAAGUUAUAUGGUCUGGAAUACUAGUCACGAUUUUGAAAUUCCGGAAACAAUAUUCCAAGAAUAAUUCAACGCAUUGAUCAUAACUCUUUCAUAAUAUGUAUGUCAUAACAAAUUGACAUACUUGGGGCUUAGAUCAAAUCUAUCGAACUAGGCCACACAUCAAUGAUCUGAUGAACUAUUUCACAGGACAGAUCCUUUAGUGUACCAAAUCUCCUACAGACUGGAUCAUUCCGUGUGUCCACUCUCCUACAGAACGGAUCAUUCCGCGGGUCCACUCUUCUACAGCACAGAUCAAUCAGUGUGUCCACUGUUCUUGGACCCGCCUCACUCAGUGUCUGGUCAUUCUUGUGACACAUCAGAAUACUGCUGAAAUUUCGCCGCGUUGCCUUUACCAAAGACAUUUACCACGUAACAUUUAUAGCGGACGUUACCUCAAUAAGUAGUGACCUCAUCAGAACACGUGACAUCAUCAGAUCAUGCACAUUUUAGCCACAUCUUUUUGACAUUUUUUUUUACGACAAUGAAUGCUGCUGAAUGGUCCUCAGGCUCCACGUGUAGCGUCCAUGGCAACAUGGCUGCAUAACUGCAUGUGAAAAGUAUGUUAUCAAGUCUAAGGGGACCGGGGAUUACGUUUUGAGAAUCCCUUGACAUCGUUCUGUCUUACGCAUGGCUGUAAUACAACACAUGGAGGUAGACAGGGGCCUUAUGAGAAAAAAAACUCUGGUCUUCUAACUCCAUGUCUCAGUAUUAGUGAAGGAUUAUGAACACAAGAUACAAGGUGUCAACACACUGCCCCUUAGUGAUGACAUUUUCUGGUGCUAUAAAAUGUGUAUACUUUCUUUAAGGUUUGCCGUGAUUAUCUGACAUCAUUUUUUGGCUACAAGCCAUAAUAAAUUAUGUACAAUUAUAUUUUAUAACUAUGUGGAGAUAUUUCAUGGAGAUAUUAUAAUAGCAAAACUAAAUACAGCAGACGUCUGUUAAGAUUUUAUGCCGUAAACCAUGAUAAUAUAUAAACAAUGACAUUGCCUGGAUUUAUUGCGUAAUAAAAUGUGCCCAUUGUCAGUGGCGUAGCUAGUGGGUGCGUGGGUGGGGUGCGUGGAACGCACCCGGUGACACAACCCUAGCUACGUCACUGCCUAUUGUAUAGUAGCAUGCCAUUUAUUUGAAUUAAACAUCAAUUUGUGUACAGUUUGUGGUCACAUGCCAUUGUACAUUGUUUAUCAUUAUAAUGCCAUGAUAAAAUGUAUACAUUAUAUCUGUAUACCAUUUCAACAUGUCAUUAUCUGGGAUGUGUCCGACAUCUCCUAGUCAUCCAAUGACAACAGUUACAAAGAGAUGUCAUUCUUGCCUUUUGCAUAAUUAAAACAAUUAGAUUGUC